AUGCGAACCAGAGGGAGACUGGAGAAUAGGCGACAUGUCAUCAACGGACAUGCUGGACCUGUGCAAGAGGGAUUGCUCCAAAAUUCUCGAACGAAUAAAGGUGGCACAAGAAGAUAUGGAGGACAGGGAGAUUUGGAGCUGCUCAACGAGGAUCUGUCUAAUUGGAGGGUCCGGUUGAAGAGGGUGAUGAAAUGCAUGAACGCCAUAGGGCGUGAUAUGCAUGACAUCAGGCGGGACAACGCAAACUUGAGAAAGGUAUGCAAAAACCGGAAGAUUAGUUCUACACAGAAGAAGAUAACUGAUACGGGUACGGAUCCCUGGUUGCCGAAUACCAGCAACAAAGGGACCAACACGGAGGAAACAGAGUCUAUAACAACAAUAGGCAAGGCGGGGACUCUUUCUCUAUGGGCAACAGAGAUGCAGAAGGAACUAAGGAAUCUGCGGUGCGAUAUGGAGGAGGAGAAAAACAAGAACUCCCGAUGGAGAAAACACCUCACUGAGAGAAUGGGAGAAGAACGUCCACAUACAGAAAGAGAGGAGAAGAGAACUGUAGUGGAAGGAAAGAGAGCAGAAAAGGAGGCGCGCACAGAGAGAGAAGCUCUACCUCAAGAUGCUCCAAAGAGGGAAAGAAAGAGCCGAGGGGAAAGGGGCGAUAAAGAAAAAGCCCUUAUAACCCCUGACUCUACAUUGGAUCCCAAAGGGAAAACGGAGAUCCGGAAGGAGAAAUGGUCCAGGGUUGUUGGCCGACGUGAACGGAAAGAGGCGGCAGCGUCGGGGAAACCUGGGACCAGCGGAAGGGACCGGAUGAAGAAAAAGGAGGGAACGCAGCCAAGAUGUUACCGCUGCCUGUGUCCUGGACACGUGUAG